AUGGACGCUCUACAGAUCUUCAGGCGCUCUAUGCGGGACUUCGACCCUGUCUUCGACUCUCGCCAGUACCGCGUUGGUGCAAGCCCGAUGCCUCUCGCCUUUGCCGGAGACUCCACUAUGCUCACAACGGCCGUCGCACACGGGUUCGCUGAACUUAAGAACGAAAUCGCCCAUCUUUACGCACAGCGAAGAGAAUACCAGAAGGUCACUGACGCUGUAGUACGCGAACGGGAAUGCCGGCUUCGCAAGCAACAGGCGGACAAGCAACGCGAGCUCUCUGCGGAGCAGACCAGGUGCAAGCAACUCGAGGAGAAGUUAAGGGCAGCUGACGAAGCUGCAACCGCGGCGCAGGCGGAAUACAAGAAGCUUGGGUCCGAGCUCAAAGCAACGAAAAUCUCGAAGCGCAGGCAGACCGCCCUCUUUCGGGAGAGGGCAAUCGAAUGUGACCACAAGGACAUUCAGCUACAGUUCAGCCUGCACGAAGCGAAGUUCAUGGCUGAUUGGGCCAAGCAAUGCAACGAGAUCGUUGAAACUCAGAGGUCCUUCGUCAUGCGUAAGCGCGAUGCCGCCGAGAAGCAGGUGUCGAACCUCAUGUCGGAGCGGGACGCGAUCGCGGUUAAGCUCGUCGACCUGGAGAAGCGUCUGCACAUCAAGAAGGCCAAUCUUUCGCUAGUUGCGACUGCGUUUGCCAGUGCUCGCGAGGAGGUCUCCAGUCUUCAGGAGCGGCUUCGGAAGAAGGACGCCUGGGCGGUCAAGAUGGCUCAAGGGCACUUCUGCGAGAUUCAGGAGCUCGAGGACGGCUUUAUCCAGUCGCAGGAUUUUCUGGACGCGCAAGCAGCGCAGACUGCAGCUGGACAAACUAUGCACGCGGCCGCGUUGCGCUCCAUAGAGUCCAAGGACAUCGCACUGGAAGAGGCGGAGCGGGCCGCCAGGGAGCAAGCAGAGGACUUCCGUGGACAGCUCAAGGAAAUGCGCCGCUUACUCGAGGACGCCAAUAUGACCAUCUCUCUCCAAGUAGACCAGAUUAGACAGCUGUCAGCAGAGCGCGACGAUUAUAAGGCCAGGGCUGAGGAAGCGGCUGAACGGGCUCGCAACGAAAAGACGGAGAAGGACGCUUUGGCUGAAGAGCUCCGCCACGCAAAAGAAGACAUUGCCGGCUCGCAGGCCAAGGCUACGCAGCUCAGGGCUGCGAAGGUCGCUCUCCAAGCCCAGCUUACUACUGAGCGCGACGCACAUGCCAAGGCCUGUCGCGAGCUCGAAGCGACCCAGACCCGCAUUUCGCUGAUGGUCGACGAGCUCGAGAUGCUGCGGAGUAGUAUGGACGCCGCUCGCGAGGAUACCGACAAGAUUCGUCGUGAGCUCGAGGUUUCCGGCGCCCGCAUCGAACUUCUGGUCGAUGAGCGCGACGCUCUCAAGGCUAAGCUAUCCGCUGCUCGCAGCGAGACUCGUGACACCCGGCGCGAACUUAUUGCGGCUGAGGCUCGCGCAGAACUGAUCAUCGACGAGCGCGACCGUCUGAGGGACGAGGAAGAGAGGCUUCGCCGCGAGAACGCUUUCCUUAUCAGCCAGUUCGGUCGGGCGCAGGCAGCAUCCAGUGCCCCUCUAGCCCUGGGAAUCUCUCAGAAGCGCGACCUUCCCGAGGAUGAGGAUGAGAACGCUAUCCAGGCACCGCCCUGCAAGAAAGCCAAGCUCGAUAGCGCCAUCGAAGAUCUCAUUGUUGCUGUCGUGGUCGUUCUCCCUGCUUCAGAUAGCGAGCUCAACGUCAACGCGGCAGUCGCAGUAAGUUACCCUUGA